CACCUGUUGAACAUCAAUUUAAUUGUAAACCUGAGUUGUCGCAACAAAGCCAGGGCUUUAGUUAAAUGUUGUAACAUACCACAGUGCGCCCUGUAUAUAACAAGCGCCGCCGCCGCCGACCACUAUAGUGCACCAUCCGCCCAGGCCCCGCCGACGUACCGCCAUGAGAACCAGCGUGAUCAUAGUAAUACUGGCCGUGAGCGCGCUGGCUGCAGCGGCGCCGAGUGUCCGGUACAGCACUGUGCUGUACUCCGCGCCGCGCUACUCGUCGGCGGCCCUCGUGCGCGCCCCGGCUGUAGUCUCCGUCAGCAGACUCGUGGCCGUGCCGCGACCCACAACACGCGGCAGUUGGAGUAACAUUGUGUUCCGUGCGGCAGGUGGUGACGCAUCAAUAUCACGCAGCUAUCAGGUCGGAGUGACGUCCCGCGGCCGGCACGCGCACGGCACGCGUGGUGAGACUACGCAACUGGUGGUGCUUUGCGCAUGCGCUGUGGCGCUGGGCGAGCCGUUCGGGCAGGCACUGCAUCGACGCAGUCGCUACGGCAUGUACAUGGACGAGUAUUCGCGUGACUUCGAGCCGUACUACUUCGCGGCCGUGCCACUGCACGCACCCGUGCCCGUACUGCGCGUGCUCAGCCCGGCGCCGCUGCAGGGGCGUGAGCGCGGGCUCACAGCGUCCUCGCGGCACCAGCCAAUGUACUCGCGUGCCCCAUACCACGACGCCUCGUACGAAGUCGAAGCCUACGAGCCACCGCCGUACGACAGGUACGCGCCCGCGGCUAACCAGCUGAGCCCGUCGCCGCCGCUAUACGUGGCGACGGCAAGCAGCAGCAGCGCAGCUGAGGAGCCGACCGUGCUGUACGCGCGGCCCACGGCGCAGGGCGGCUACACGUACCAUACGGUGCCCGCGCCGCUCCGGCCCGGGCCCGCCAAGCGCGCCCCGGCUACCGACUCCCCUUACAUGAUAAGAGUGCACAAGUACAGGAUUGUAAAAGAACGGUAGUCCCUGAACACAUCUAGUUUAUAUAUCUAUAAGUAGUACGUAUACCUAUGAUACAACUGACCAUGUACAUAUUAAAGUAGUACUUACAAUAAUUUAAACAUUAUUUAUUGAGGUACACCUAGGUCCGCGUGUGCCCACUCGUACCUAUGUAUCGUAAUUUUAAGCUACAUUUAGUUUCGUCGGUAAAACUACUCUGUAGAACAUAAGUAAUAAAGUAAGUUACAAUAAGUCUCGUGAACUAUACUCGUCACUACCCUGCCUGUUGUAAUGUUGCUGCGAUGUCGAUAGCUCUGUUGUAGGCCCGUAUGUCUGUAUAAAUGAAUUAAUCAUUUCCCAUGUACCACAAUCCAAUGCUCAGUCGUUAUACAACAUCAUAAUUCUCCAUUGCGAAAUUUGUCAUUUUUACAACCGUAUAAUUCAUAUGGAAAGCUUUUUCGAG